AUGCCCAACGGUCCAUCGCAGGCCGCUAACUCUUGCCCAGAGGCAGGGCUCGGGCCGCAGAGCACAGGCAGAAAUGCAGACCCGGGGCAGGGCUUGAUAACCCGCAGUGGCAUGGCCCGCCACGGCACCCUAAAUCAACGGCCAAAUUUGUGCCUGGAGAUUCCCCCGGGCCCGCUGGCACCUCCAAGCCCUUGCCUCUCUCCUCGCGCCCACGACCUCCCUCCGAGCCCCUCACCAGUCAUGCCACCAGCGCCCACCAGCAAGAAACGACGCGGCAGGAAGACAAAGGCGGACCAGAUUGAAGACCCUGCAGAAACCGAAGGUGGCAACGCAGGACUAGACACUGGUGUCAAGUCCAAGUCCCGUGUGUCUCGGUCAUCCCAAGAAGUCGAUCCUGACCUGCAAGAGCUCGCAAAGGAGAUCAAGAACCAAAAGCGAGCUGAACAGACCGCAUUUGAAGCCGCCCGCGAGAAUGAGAUAGCCAAUCCUACGAUUUGGCUGCCCAGCGGUAAGAAGCGUGAGCGCAAAGCCUCUGAAGUCGGUCCCUCCCCUACAGCGAGUACCGUCAAGCGAGGGCGUGUGAUGAGCACGGAAUCUUUUGCAGCGUCGCCGCCCCACAAGCCCGCCACCGACUCGGAUAGUAUCAGCAAGGCACUGGAUACAAUCCAAGCUGAAGGCCAAGAAGUCGGUGACACAGACCAGGAUGUCGAGAUGGCACAUACCAAUGCAGCUGAGAAGAAACCUGCAGGAAGUGUCAGCGCAUCCGAGCAGGAGCAAGACUCCGAAGAUGAUCUGAUCCAGUCAGAUGCUGGCCGUGAGCAAGAUGAAGACUUCGGCGUUGAGUACGAACCUGCCAUUUCUCAACGGAAGGCAGAGAAGAUCGCCCAGCAACUCAAACAAGGCACCGCAACUCUUGUCUCGAAAGCUGAGACCCGCCGCGACCACAAGUCGCGCAAUGAUCUGACGGACCACGAUGCCUCCACUGGCACCGACUCCGAGUACAAGGCCGACUUCCUCGACGACGACGACAGCUCUGCAUGCUCUCAAGACCAUGAAAGCGGUGACUCGGACCCAGUUGAAAGCGCCGAGGCCAGUGAUGAGCGCGUCCCCGAUCCUGCAUGGCAAGCAAUGAUUGUCAAUCGUGCCAAGCGUCGUGCCACUGGCAAAGCAGUCACUGUCACGGUGGGCCAGGCGGAGACCCACGACAAGGGACCUCAAAACAGCCAUGAUAACUCCAAGAAUGAUACCAGCGGCCGAUCCACUACGACGCCUAGCCCGGCUGGCGACCUCGUGGAAGCCAACAGAACCAAGCCGAAGCCGAAGCCCAAUGAGCAAGAAGGCAUCCGAGAUGAUGUUCCGGACCAUGACACCCCGGCUCCUGCGCUCACUGCGGAGGACAUGGAGUACUUCGUUGAUGAGCGCUUUGUUGUCACAGGUCGCAAGUCGCGCCGCGGUGCUAAGGGCAAGGUCAAGGCUGCACCCAUUGCCAAUGAUACGGCCACGACGCUUAAGUCGCAGCCAGGCAAGGAAUUGGGUGCAGCGCUCAAGGCGCCAAGAUCUGUGUCGACGCCUGCCAGGAAAGUGCACAAACGGCGAGCAUCCCCAGAGUACUUUGGGACGGCGAGUGAAGACGACGAGUCAAUCGAGCUUGUGGCAACACUUCAGCCGAAGGCACCGCGUGGAAAGCCUUCCAAAACGGCAGGUGUGCCGGAUCGGGUGGAGGCGCCGUUGGCUCAGGACUCGGACGACGACAGUGCAUCUUCCGGUGAUGAUGCCAGUGUUCGCAAGGCUCCCACGAAGCCACCUGUCAAGUGGGCGGUGGUCACGGCCCUCUCAUACAACGAGGAUGGUAAGACGGCCGCGGGUAUCAUGUCCCAGCGAUCUGGAAAGGUUAAGUCACUCCUUUCGGAGACGAUUGCGCACGAGUUACCACGUGCGCUCCUUCGAGUGAACGCCUUCCCAAACAAAUACGCGCGUCCACCUAUGUUUCUCGACAUGCUUGUCGAUGCAUCUGUGCGACUAAACUACACAGACAUAACCGAGCGGCUUCUCAGUGACACGAAGUACAGCACUGAUAUGACGAAGAUCCCGAUUGACAGGAUGUCGAGUGUGCGGGGUCCACUGUACAAGGCUGCUCGUGACAUCGCGUGGGAAGCAUAUGGUCUCAAGGACCUCGAGGAUGACCCAUCGGCGAUCAAGAAGGCCACCCGCCUCCUUACUGUCGACAACCGCUAUAUAAGCCCAGGGACCCUCAACAUGAAGAAGGGCAAAUACGGCGACUUCCAGCCGAACUUACCCUUCUGUGCCCAGCCUAUCAUCAAGAUGAUCAACACUCUUUUCUUCGGGACGAAUGCCUUCUUCCCACUCGACGACGGCUUCUUCGUGUCGUCGAUCAAGACUGUACUGACUAUCGUCUUGAAGGCUGGUGCUGCUAUUCGAGAGGGGCUCGAUGGAGUUCGCCGCCCUCUGAGGACUGGGCAGGGAUUCAAUGCGACGAUGCACGAAGCCCAUUACACUGGUCAUGUGGCCACUCUCACGGGGAUCAAUGAUGUGCAGGACAUAUCAUCUCAAAGGGAAAUCGGAGUCAAUCAACCUGGCACAAGCAAGUUCGUCAACAACGAGACUGCGGGCAACGACAUCGACGACGCGAUGUUAUAG